GUUUAGUCAUCUGCCAUAUAUGGACCAGGAAGUGAAAGAUGCUGGAAUAAAACUUCAAUCAGAAUCAAGACUUUCACAUCUGUCCGUCUGCCUUCGGAGUCUCCUAAAGUUUCAUCCUCUAUAUCAGAUCAGAGUUCCUGUUGCUGUCGGACGUUGUUCCUCUCCAGCAUGGUUCAGAAGGUGGCAGUGAUCGGCUCUGGGAUUUCUGGUCUGACCAGCAUCAAGGCCUGUUUGGAUGAAGGUCUGGAGCCAACCUGCUUUGAGAGCAGCCAUGACAUUGGAGGUCUAUGGAGAUUUAAGGAAAAUCCAGAGCCCGGACGUGCCAGCCUCUAUUCCUCUGUGAUCAUCAACAGCUCCAAAGAGAGGAUGGCCUUCAGUGACUUCCCUCCUCCAGCGGAGCUCCCUAACAACAUGCACCCAUCUGAGCUGCUACAAUAUCUGCACCUCUACGCGCAGGCCUUCGAACUGGUCCAGCACAUACGUCUCCAGACGUCCGUGGUCAGUGUGAGGGAGACCCCGGAUUUUGAGGAGACAGGCCGUUGGGAGGUGGAGACAGAGACGAAAGACGGUCAAAGGGAGACCGGUGUUUUUGAUGCAGUGAUGGUUUGUACCGGACACUUCACCCAACCACGCCUGCCACUCAGUGACUUCCCAGGUAUCGAGAGCUUUGAAGGCAGAUACUUCCACAGCUGGGAGUACCGCAACGCUGAGGGUCUGCAGGGGAAAAGGGUGGUGGUGAUCGGGAUCGGGAGUGCUGGAGGUGAUAUUGCUGCAGAUAUCAGUAGAGUUGCUGAGAAGGUGUACCUUUGUGUCAGGAGUGGAGCGUGGGUUGUGAGUCGUGUGGGUCAGGGGGGGCUCCCCAUGGACAUGAUCGGGAGGUCCAGGAAGGACCGGAUGCUGCAGCAGCUCUUCCCCUCGUGGAGAGCGGGGGUGUUGGAAAAGACCUUGAACAAAACAUUUGAUCAUGAACUGUAUGGCCUGAAACCAAAACACAGGAUCUUUGAGCAGACUGUGGUGAAUGACUACCUGCCGUCUCGGAUCAUCGCAGGUCGCGUUCAGGUGAAACUGAGUGUGAAGGAGUUCUGUGGUUCCAGUGUGGUCUUAGUGGAUGGGAGCACCAUAGAAAAGGUGGAUGUGGUGGUGUUUGCCACAGGAUACAACUACAGCGUCCCCUUCCUGCCUUCAGCUCAGAAGGCUAAGUGUGGAGACAAGCUGCGUCUCUACAAACACGUGUUUCCUCCUGCGAUGGCCAAGCCGACUCUGGCGGUGGUGGGCUUCGUCCACAGCGUCGGACCCAUCACCCCGGUGGCUGAGAUGCAGGCUCGCUGGUCCACAAGAGUGUUUAAAGGUUUAGCAAAUUUACCCACUGAGGAAACGAUGCUGGAGGAAAUCGAGAAGGACACAGUAGCCAUGCAACAGAGAUAUAGCUUCUCUGAACGCAACCCCAUCGAGGUGGACUUCAUCCCGUACCUGGACUCUCUGGCAGAGCGGGUUGGGGUUCGACCCAAUACACUGUGGCUCCUCCUGACGGACCCUAGACUGGCUCUGCAGGUUGUGCUGGGGCCCUGCACAUCAUACCAGUACCGUCUGACUGGACCGUCCCAGUGGGCCGGAGCCCGUGAGGCCAUUCUCACUCAGUGGGAGCGGGUCCGUGAGCCUUUCAGGACCAGAGUGGUACCAGAACCAGAGACCAGACUCACUUCUAGAUGCAGCAUCAUAGAGAGUGUUUCAGGUGCAGCUCUGAUGUGCUGCUUUGCUGCUCUACUUCUGCUGCUAUAAUAAACAACGUAUCUCCUCUUUCUUCUCUCCUUUAUGCUGUAAACCCUUCUUUCUAAAGGCAUAAACAGAUGUGUUAUAACAUUUGUGAGAAAUAGCCCUGAGCCUUCCUCGUAGCACUUAUUGCAUUCGUAUUAGUUGUUGCACUCACUGUAUUCGUAUUCGUUUACUGCACUUAUCCUAUUCGUAGUAGUUUGUAGCACUUAUUAUAUUCGUAUUAGUCUGUUGCAAUUAUUGUUUUCGUAGUAAUUUGCCUCUGCACUAUACUUUUGCUCUGGUUUAUGCUUUAAGAUGCUUGUUUAAGAAAGGAGAUGCACUUAUGACUUCUGGUGACUAGUAGUUCUCUUGAAUACCUAUGUUGAAUACACUUCCUGUAAGUCGCUUUGGAUAAAAGCGUCUGCUACAUGACUGUAAUGUAAUGUAAUGUAAAGUAAAUAUUUUUUUUCAAAUUCUA